AUGGUGUGUGACGACUGCAAGUCGAAGCUCAGCGUCAUCUCGGCGCCCGACCCGUGGAAGUCGGGCUCGCGCGGCGGCGGCGGCGGCGCGGAGCGCAAGAUUGGCGAGAACAAGCUGCUCCGCAAGGGCAUCCGCUCAAACCCGUAUGGGAACGCGUGCAAGAUCUGCAAGCUGCGGGUGCAGCAGAACAACGCGAUGUACUGCGGCCAGUGCGCGUACGCCAAGGGCCUCUGCGCCAUCUGCGGCAAGCAGGUUAUCGACACGUCGAUGUACGCGAUGCGCGAGUCUGGCAACGUCAUCCACCAGGCGCGAGGAGAGGAGAGAGAGAGAGUUGGCUGGAGCCGGAUCGAAUAG